CCUCAGCCUCAUUUUUCUUGUCCAUUCUUGAAAAUUUCAAUUCAGACAAUACAACUCUCCAGCCUCUUCUUUCUAAAAUUUAGAAAAAGCUCACAAAAAGUUAAAAAUAAAAAUAAAAAAAUGCCGUUCUGUAACGUAACUUCGUACCAGAACGGCGAUGGAGAUGAAUCGAACAUCAAUGAAACCAAUAUUUUCUACAGAACGUACGGUCAUGGGUCGGUGAAAGUUCUUUUGAUUAUCGGAUUGGCUGGGACCCACGAUUCAUGGGGUCCACAGAUAAAGGGUCUCGCUGGAACGGUGAUUCCGAACGACGAUGAGUCGACGGCCGGUGAUCGGAGCAAUGAGAGUGACGAAGGUGAUGGCGUUGAGGUCUGUGCGUUUGAUAAUCGGGGAAUGGGUCGGAGCUCCGUUCCCAUCAAGAAGUCCGAAUAUACGCAGGACAAGAAUUAUGGCAAAAGAUGCAAUAGCUCUAAUGGAUCACUUGCAUUGGAAAAAGGCCCAUGUCUUCGGCCAUUCAAUGGGAGCUAUGAUUGCUUGUAAAUUGGCUGCCAUGGUGCCCGAUAGAGUUUUGUCUCUGGCUUUGUUAAAUGUAACUGGUGGAGGUUAUGAAUGCAUACCGAAGCUUGACCGUCAAACUUUGUCGAUUGCAAUUCGUUUCUUGAUGGCAAAAAGUCCUGAGCAAAGGGCAGCUGUUGAUUUAGAUACUCACUACUCAAAGGAAUAUCUUGAAGAGUAUGUUGGAGAUGAGACGAGAAGAUCAAUAUUAUACCAACUAUAUGUACAAGGCAUAUCAUCAACUGGUAUGCAGUCAAAACAUGGAUUUGAUGGUCAGAUCAAUGCAUGCUGGACUCAUAAAAUGUCACGGACGGAAAUUGAGUCAAUCCGUGCUUCUGGAUUUCCUAUAUCCGUUAUUCAUGGCAGAUAUGAUGUCAUCGCCCAAUUAUGCCAUGCAAAAAGGCUUGCAGGAAAAUUUUAUCCUUCUGCAAGAAUGGUUGAACUUCACGGAGGGCAUCUUGUGAGCCAUGAGAGAACCGAAGAGGUAAAUGCAGCUCUUCUUGAGUUGAUCAAGGCAUCAAAGAGUAAGAUAAGCUUACACGACUGGACAAAUUUGCAUAAGAAAAGUAGAGUUUGUAAAGCUACCCGGAUGUCAUUUUUCAAAACAAGUAGUUUAUCUUUCAUGGUUGAUGCUGUAGAGAAGCUACAUCUUUUCCUGUUGUACUUUUUUGGCCUCUUUGUAUUGGCCUUUGAGCAUGCAAGAAGAGCUGUGAGGAGUCUAAAACCCGUGAGAGUCGGAUCUGCUCUUACAUAAGUUAACAUUGGUCGAGCCUCUUCUACCGGGAAAUUUCUUCUUUUUUAUGACCUCUCUGUCGAUAUGGCUCACUUCGGUGCAAGCAUUGCUUGUAAUUUUUACUGUGUAUAUCUGCUGUUGAAGUAAAAUGACACUGUCAACAAUAAGGCGGUUUUGAAGUCGAGACGAUAAUCAACUAAUUGUAUAGCUUCUUCAAAAGCAGCAGUAUGAUUUGAGGGCAAAAGAGAAGGUUCAGUGUUGUGGGUGAACUUUUUAGUCCAUAUUAAUUAUUUUAUUGUACCUCUUUACAUUCUUAGAGCAUCUCUAAGAGACCAUCUCGUUAUAAAGAUCAUCUUUAAAUUUAAAGAGAAAUUUAUUAUACACUCCAACAAUGUUUUCUA